GUGAGAGGACAGGUUUUUCUAGUUCCAUGAGAGGAAAGGUUUCGCUCGCUUACGUAGCCUCUGGGAUCAGAUUCAAGGUUUCAUUCAACCCAAGCUGUCAACCCAAGGAGCAACAGGUAGGUUUUAAUAUUUUUUUCUUUAUCGCUAAGAAGAAAUGUGUAUAUUGCCAUCUUUGAAAAUGUCUAUAUAUGAUAUAUUUAUAUAUAUGCGUCUAAAUUAAGCAACAUAGUACAAAACUAUUAUCAUUGCAUGUAUUGAUGCAUUUUUCUGUUCACUCUCCACUUUGUUGACAUUUGUGGGAAAUGGCUCUGCGUCCACAUAUAUAUUGUGGACUUCAGCUGUAGACUGUCUUAUCUUGUUUCAGUAAAUGUAGCACCCAGUGACAUAAGGACCCCAUUAUUAUUCACAUGAAUACAGGGCACGGUCCAGUCCGAUCGCUCUACAUUCAUCGAAAUGUUUUGGAAAUAUUACAUGACAUGCAAUUAAACCAAUCUACAAUAAAUUCACAUAAGACAAAUUACAUGUCAUCGAAACCUUUCCCAAUGAGAAAAGAUUGCAAAGUUUUCAGUUUCAGUCUAGGUCUUUGUAGAGUAGGCUUGCAUAGUACAGACCAAUAUUAAGAACCGGUAUGUUUUGUUUGAAGAACAAUGAAGCUUAAGAGAAAGAAAAGUGACACCAGAGGGGUAUUCGUCAAUGACCGGUUUUAUCACAUAACCGGGUAAGUUAACCCAGGGUUUUCCGUUCCAAAAUAAACACGGUAUGUUAGUUACUAUAGAAACAUAUGCUCUGAAUCAAACCUGAGAGGUAUUCCACAAAGCCGGUUAACUGGGUAAGUUAAACAAGGGUUUGCGGUAACCCUAGGUUUUCUAUUCCAAAAUGACCUCACGGUAUGUUAGUUACUAUAGAAACAUAUGCUCUGAAUCAAACCUGGUCGGAGCAGGUAUUGCGCAGGUUAAGUUUUGAACAUAACCCGGUUUUGGGGAUUUAAACCUGCGUUCACCGCAGAUUUCAUGUGUUCACAAUGGCAUGCCCUUUUGAUGAGAGGCCUGAUGAUAUCGGCGUGCAAAUUAUUCGUGCAAUCCACCAGGAGCGAUUAAUAAGACCACGGCUCGACAUCUUGGCAUAUCGGAUGACUUUUUGCUGGAGAGAUAUAGAUUCUCGCGCAAGUCUUUAAUAUAUUUAAAUAGCCUUCUCGAGCCUUACAAAGCCAACACUACCAAUCGGGUCCUGUCCUCAGUUCACUCCAGACUAUUUGCAGCCCUCUGUUUUUUUGCAAAUGGUAGUUUUAUCUAUAGUGUUGGAGAUGCUGAGCACAUCUCAGUCCUUCUAGAUGACCCAUCCACGUCCGGACCAAGAUUUUCAUCGGCCUCCUAUCAUACAAAGAGCAAUAUUGGCUGACCUAUGCCGAGAGGCGCUUACAACAGAAAGUAUAAAAUAGUCCUAACGGACAUACGUCCACUGGAGAAUGUUCGAUCGUAGCCGGCGGCUCCAUUACAAGCACUAGCCGCCAUUAUUUUACUACUUAUUAAAUAUAAUCAUUGAAACAGUCAAAGUAAAGCUUACACACUGCAUAAUUGUCAAGCUUGACAAACAUAAUAUUGAUUCUCAAAAUGAAGAGGUGUGCCUCUGGUGUGCAGGGAUGAAAACGCAAAAAAGAAGAUGAAAAGAAAGCCCAGUAUAGAGAUGCACUCAGGCAAUAUUUGCAGAGCCCAGCACCUGCAGGAGAAAGGACACCUGAUCCUUCAUGUUCACCUCUCUCUGAACUUUCUGGAGCGCUGGAGAGGUUGACAUGGAGCAGGGCUACAAGUCAGGGAAUGCAGUACAGAGUGGGGACAUUCCAACCAGACCCCCGGAGAGGGAGCAGUGGGCCAAUAAAGUACAGUACUUUCUGGCAGUGGCUGGAAACAUUGUUGGUCUCGGAAAUGUCUGGAGGUUUCCAUACCUUUGCUACAAAAACGGUGGUGGGGCCUUCUUCAUACCUUACAUCUUGUUUCUGAUCACCUGUGGGAUCCCCCUCUUCUUCCUGGAGACGUCCUUGGGCCAGUACACUAGCCAGGGGGGAAUCACCUGUUGGAAAAAGAUAUGUCCACUAUUUCAAGGCCUAGGCUUCGGUAAUCAAGUGGUGGUCUUGUACACUGGUGUGUACUACAUUGUCAUCCUGGCGUGGGCCAUUCUCUUUCUCUUCUUCUCCUUCCAUGCGGAGCUUCCCUGGGCGACUUGUGGAAACAGUUGGAACACAGAAACCUGUUUUGAGCAUGGUCAUAAUCGAACCUCGGAAGGAGACAUCUUGACGGACACAUCUUCUGUCAUAGAGUUUUGGGAGAGAAGAAUAUUAGGUUUGUCAGGUGGAAUUGAGGAUCUUGGCAAUGUGCAUUGGGAUCUUGCCCUUUGUCUACUGCUUGCCUGGGUCAUCUGUUACUUUUGUGUCUGGAAUGGGGUGAAGACGACAGGAAAGAUAGUGUAUUUCACUGCAACUUUUCCGUAUCUGAUGCUGUUUGUGCUGCUGGUUCGCGGCCUGACGUUACCAGGGGCUAAAGACGGGAUCAUCUUCUACCUCUACCCUGACCCGUCCAGACUCAUGGAUCCACAGGUAUGGUUGGAUGCUGGCAGCCAGAUAUUUUAUUCCUAUGGAAUAUGCACUGGUGUUUUGACCGCUUUAGGGAGUUACAACAAUUACAGCAACAACUGCUACAGAGACUGUAUCUAUCUGUGCCUGUUGAACAGCCUCACCAGCUUUGUAGCUGGCUUUGCCAUCUUCUCUGUGCUUGGUUUCAUGGCAUACGAGCAGGGCGUGGAUAUUUCCAUGGUAGCCGAAUCAGGUCCUGGGCUGGUGUUCAUAGCAUACCCCCGUGCAGUGUCCAUGAUGCCUGUACCUCAGCUCUGGGCUGUCUCCUUCUUCAUUAUGAUCAUCUUCCUGGGUUUGGACAGUGAGUUUGUUAACCAAGAGUCUUUGGUGACUGCGUUAUCCGACCUGUAUCCCUCAAUCUUCAGAACUGGUGUUCGGCGUAAACUCCUUUUGCUCGCCCUCUGUGUUGGAAGCUUCCUCAUUGGUCUUUUGAUGGUCACAGAUGGCGGACUGUAUGUUUUUCUGUUAUUUGACCACUAUGCCUGCAGUGGAAUGACACUCCUUUUUUUUGCGAUUCUCCAGUCUGCAUGCGUGGGUUGGGUAUAUGGUUCAGAUCGUCAUUAUGAUAAUAUACAGGAUAUGAUUGGCUACCGGCCCUGGCCUUUCAUGAAAUACUGUUGGCAGUACCUUACUCCAGCGGUCUGCACUUGCACUCUGGUCUUUUCUUUGGUGAAAUAUACGCCUCUGAAGCUUAACAACGAAUAUGAAUACCCCUGGUGGGGCUACGUCAUCGGCGGGUUCUUGACUCUCUCAUCGACCAUGUUGGUUCCGCUCUGGAUGCUCUACGCCUUGACGGUCACUCCUGGCUCACUAAGCGAGAGAGUCACAGCGCUGUGCAUGCCAGCGAAGGACCUACCAUCUCCGCCAACCAAGAAGAAACACGAGGUGUUCCAGACCUUCACAGAGCUACACACACUGCGCACCAGUUCCAGCCGAUCCAACCGCUGAAUCAUACUAGAAAUUAGUGAUACCAUUUUUAACAGACUUUUUUUUUACCGAUUUUUUUUAUGUUGUGUGUACAAUGGCAAUGCCUUUAUUUUAAAACUGUUGAAUAAAUUGUGAUAUAAUGUUGUGAUAAAGGUUAAAUAUGUUUUUUAUUCAGAGAAAUAAGGUAAACCCUGGGUUCAAUACCCAGGGUCUUUGUUUUGGCACGUAAACCCAUCAAAUAACCCCUCCAGAUUCUUUUUUCAUCGAAAAUCGAGUAUAGAGUUUGCCCGGCGCAAUGUUUGGCUUCCAUGUUAUUAGCUUGGGAUGGUGAGUUUUGCUUCCAAAUCGGCAUUUUUUAACCACUAAUAUUGCUAAAAAAAAUAGCACCAAACCUUUGCAGUAGCAUGACUAGGGUCCCUACACAUAAAAGGAAGCACCAACAACUUAUGCUGUAAUCCAUUUGGAUGGUACGCCGGUACGCGCAAGUUGCAAGUUGCAAAUCUCCCAGCUUUCUUGCGGCAUUUCAAUGAGGCACGCCCCCUUUGGUCGUAGUAUCUCGUUUCUUUGAAAGUAGAGCGAGUUCAGUGAGGCCAAACAUAGUACUCGUCAACAAAAAUGGCUGCGCCCGUAAAGAGAUUUAUUUUUUUGUAUUUGUAUCACGUUGGUCAUUUUAAUGUAGAUUUUAAAUGCUUUUACACACUUGAUUACUUUGCGACUUUAUGCCGGUCAUGCAUUGCACGGUCUUGCUGUGUGUACAAUACAAUGUAAAGUUGUGUUGUUUGUUUUCGAGCUUGUUUGCCAAAGAGGCUUAUGUAGCUAACAAUAAAAAUGACUAGCCAAUGAGAAACGGGAAGCUACUAUGCCACAAGGUCGAAGCUACUACGACCUUGUGGCAUUUGCCUCCGCAAAUGCCACAAGAAAGCUGGGAGAUUUGCAACUUAUGACUUGCACGCACCAGUGUACCAUCCAAAUGGAUUACCGUAUUAGUUAAAGACGACAUCGCCACUGAAAAAAGAACUGGCUGAGUUUAAGGAGGACAUUAACCAGAAACUUGUCAAAAUAAACGCAGACGUAGAAGGACAAAAUGAUAAGAUAGACGCCACUUUGACUCACACUGAAGAAGUCGAGCAUUGGAGUACUGACGCAAAACGUGCAAUGAAGGACAUACUAAAGGAGCAGAAAAUAAUGAUGGAUAUGCUGAAUGACUUAGAAUCGAGAUCCAGGCGGAAAACAACCUCCAAAUAUACGGCAUUCCAGAAGAUGCAGAGCUAAGAAGCAAAUCGGUCGUGGCGUUUAUUGACAAAUGGUUAAAAGACGAGCUUUCAAUCGAAACAGACAUUCAGAUUCAACGAGCCCACGAGCCCUGGCGCCGAAGCCAAAGACAGGACAACCACCAAGGUCGAUUAUCCUCAACUUUCAGCAGUUUAAUGUGAAGGAGAUGGUUUUGAAAGAGGCGCGGGGAAAGAAAACGGUCAACCUCGGAGAAACAAGGAUUUAUUUUGAUCAUGACUACUCUGUGAGGAUGCUGCAACAACGCAAAGCGUACGCGAUCAUGAAGAAGAUUCUAAAGGGGGAAGGCAUCCGCUUUCAGACACCCCUCAACAAGAUGCGUAUCCACUGGGCUAGUGGAAUUAAGACGUACAGCAGCGUGGAGGAAGCAGUUGGGGACAUGAGGAGAGCCUCGCAGGCAGGCACACGAGCGAAAGGACGACUGCAAGAAUUCCAACGCGAGGACAACAAGGCCAGAUGAAUACCUGACUCUAAGUAUAAAUGUGAAUAACAUAUCCUUAAAGUGUAAUACAGGUCAAAAAUGAAAAAAGGUAUUGUUAAAUUCGGAUUUAGAUAUCAGACUUGUUGGCUCAAAGGGACUGAAGCACAGCUGCCUGCAACAUAGUCUAGUAUGGUCGAAUCUAUCCCUUACGGGUUACAUCUUACUGCUAGUUGGGGGCCCUUCUCUUAUGGAAGGUAUAUCCCCUCAAAACUAACUGAGGGUCAAUAUAUGAGGGUUGUUGACAUCUCUUUUUGGAGCUAGCUUUUUCUGUUUAUAGCUAUGCUACGUUAUUUUUUCAUAUGUUUGUUUCAUAUGAUGUCAAGUGCCUAUGGUUAUCACACUGUUAGCCUGAGGGGGAGACACCCCAAUGUGAACAGACCAAAAACCGCCAAUGACUACCAAACAAGAAUGUAUCAAGCUUAUGUCUCUAAAUGUUAAUGGCUUAGCAAACCCAGUCAAAAGAGCUAAAAUUAUAAAAAUUAUAACAAAUUGUGUAGCUAUAAAAUUAUAGCAAAAAUUAAAAGGAGAGUAGGCAGAUUAACUUUCUGCAAGAAACCCACCUUUCACAAACAGAACAUGAAAAGUUGAAAAGAUUUGGAUUUAAAAACACUUUUGAUCCCAAAAUUGAGCGGAAGUACGUUGACUCCCAUUCUAUCACCCACAAAAGAGGUGUUGCAAUGCUAAUUCGCAAAUGCCACCAAAUUUGAAUAUCAAAAAGACAUAAAAGAUAAAGAGGGACGUUAUAUUAUUGUAAAAGGAACAAUUGACCAAGCAAUGGCAACAUUGGUGAGCAUAUAUGCCCCACCUGAAAGCGAUAAACACUUCUUUAAAUCCCUAUUUGAUUUGAUUGCUGUAGAAAUAGAAGGUGUAUGUAUAUGGAGGAGAUCUCAAUGUGAUAAUGAACUAUGACCUAGACACAACUAGUUGCAAGAGAAAUAGGAAACCUAUCACAAAGGUAGUGAAAAGUACAUGGGAAGAAAUGGGCUUUUUUGAUGUAUGGAGGGAACUACAUCCACUACAGAGAGACUUCAGUCAUUAUUCAGCAGCACACUCAGUAUACUCAAGAACUGACAAUUUUUUUAUGCAGAAGGAAGACAGGGAUAGAAUACAGGGAUGUCAAAUUGGAGUUGCCAAUUUGUCGGACCAUAGCCCAAUCUAUUUAAAAAUAUAUGUGAAGUCCAGACGAAAAGACACAUUUUGGAGAUUAAACGUAGGGAUAUUAAAUAACAAACAGGUGGUCGAACCAAUCAAAGCUGAAAUACAGAAGUACUUAGAGGAGAAUGAUAAUGACGAGACAGACCCAGCAAUACUAUGGGAUGCUCUAAAAGCUGUCAUACGAGGAAAAUUAAUUGCAAUUACAAAUAAACUUAAAAAAGAAAAAGAAACUCAGUACAAGUCUCUGUUAGCUGACCUGAAACAAUUGGAACAAAAACAUUAAGAGAAAAAAGACAAAACAAAUAGAGCAACAAAUGAAAGAGGUGAGAAACCAAAUUAAUAUAAUACUACAACAGGAAAUAGAGAUAAAGGCUAGGUAUUUAAAACAAAAUUUCUAUGAAUUAGCCCCUAAAGCUGCCGAAUUAUUGGCGAGAAGAUUACGUAA